AUGUAUGGGUGCGGCGCGAUGUUAAAUACUAGAGAGGGUCUCGACCCAACAGCCCACCUAAGACCGCUGAACUCUGAAAUAGCAGCCCCUAGGAUAGACAGCUACAGAUUUUCCAUGGCCAAUUUGGAGGACUCUCAAGAUGUUGACCUGGAUGCCAUUUUGGGCGAGUUGUGCGCUUUGGAGACUGUUUGUGACCAGGAAAUUGGACAUGCAAGAGAAAGCAAAAGAUUUUCUGACGUUCAGAAACUCUCCCUCCACGAAUCCCGCACACACAGUCGAUCAUCAUCGGAAGCUUCAAGAGGUUUGACAGACGACUCAUCGAUUUUAGGCGGGAAAAACGAAACGGGUCGCACGGACUCACCCGAUAACGAUUCGGCUUUUAGCGAUACUGUAUCGAUGCUAUCGAGCGAAUCGUCUGCAAGUAGCGGUGCUAGUGGCGCUAAACCUCAAACAUUAAAUUUACAAAAUAUUCAUCAGGACGAUGCAUCGCGAAUUAAAGCUGAAAAAAUCCGCAUGGCAAUGGAAAAAAUCAAAGAAGCAAACAUCCAAAAGCUGUUUGUGAAAGUUUUCACAACCGAUGGGUCAGCUAAAUCCUUAUUGGUGGAUGAAAAAAUGUUGUGUUCCUUUGUCACGAGGCUAUUGGCUGAUAAAAAUCAUGUGAAAAUGGACCCUAAGUGGGCUAUUGUAGAACAUUUACCUGAUUUGUAUAUGGAACGUUACUAUGAAGACCACGAGCUCUUAGUGGAUAACCUUUUGCUGUGGACCAGAGAAUCAAAAAAUAAAAUCUACUUCGUUGAACGACAAGAUAAAAUUAAGCUUUUUACUCAACCAGAGCAGUUCCUACUAUCUUGCAGUGAUAAAAGAGAUUCCUUGGAGUAUGACGAACAUUCUAGAAAUAUGAUGCUGGAGGAUUUUUUCGCCUCUACUAAUGGAAGCUUACCAGAGGUGGAAGGUCCUCUUUAUUUAAAGGCUGACUCCAAAAAAGGAUGGAAAAAGUAUCAUUUUGUCCUCAGAGCGUCCGGAUUGUAUUAUUUUCCCAAAGAAAAAAUUAAAAGUGCCAAAGAUUUGGUUUGUUUGGCUACUUUUGAUAACAAUCAGAUCUACUAUGGAGUUGGCUGGAAGAAAAAAUACAAAGCUCCAACUGACUUUUGUUUCGCCAUUAAGCAUCCAAGAUUACAAGAACCAAAAUCAACCAAGUUUAUAAAAUAUCUUUGCGCUGAGGACCAGACUAUCCUGGAAAAAUGGAUCGUAGGUAUGAGGAUAGCAAAAUUUGGCAAGCAGCUCAUGUAUAAUUAUAGGGCAUUAAUGGAUGAACUGGCACAAGAAGAAAUGGAUAUUUUGGCAAAUGCUAGAAGUUGUUCCGUACAGUCAAUUGCUGUACAAAGUAUACAAUCAAAUAGUACCACCCCAACUCAAGGAUACUCUGGCAGCGAAGCAGGCUAUGGCACAGCUUCAGGAAGUGAAAUCUAUUCUGCAACCAGUGAAACUAGCUCCAGCUCUGGCAGACAUAGUAGAGCGAGUAGUUCCAGUUCUAGUGGUUGUAUGUCAGAUGGAGCUCCAUCUAGUUGCGAGAACGCUUUUGACUCCGAAUUUCCAAUGGGCACAAUAAAACGAAAACCUUCAAUGAAACCAAACCUACCCCUAACGAAUAUGACACGACAGCUCAAGGAAGUUGGAGAAACUAGAGAUGAAAUGGACGGGACUUUACCUACAAGUCCCGUAUCUUAUACUAAUACUGGGACUCUAACACGAAGGCAUAGCAGGCGAAAAUCUAACAACUCUAACGGUGACGACUCCAACUCUGGCACGCUGAAAAGGCAACACUCCUACAAAUCAAGAGGUUCAAUCGAGUCUAUGGGCACUAGAAGCGGGAAUUCUACACCCUUAUGUGGCACCCCUGUGAGAGAAAGAGCCAGUCCUUUUGGUGAAAGAAAUAGUCCCUUCGGAGAACGUCCACCUAGUGCUACGUCGCUGAGAAACUCGCCUUUAUCGCCACCUAACGGGUUGGAGAUGUCUUGUAUGACGGACUCAACUACAUCACUGCCCCCACCUCCAGAAACCAACGGCGACGUAAUCAACGACUCGCCCAGCUACCAACUACCACCACCACCUCCAGAAAUCUACAAUUCCAAUUUGUCGUUGGAUAGUUUACCGCCCCCACCUAAUCCUGGUGACUUACCUCCAAUGACUGGCAGCGAACUAACCGGAAGUCAACUUAGCCUCAUGUCACUUCCGCCUCCUCCUGGUGAGGAUACUGGUACAAUAAGACGAAGGAAAAGUGGCAGUAAUAGUUCCAGUGCCACAGCUACACCUACGAAUAUUUUGAGCCCAGAACAAGGGAUGUCACCGGACCAAACUCCUACGCAUUCAAGACUGAAUACCCCCUCCGUGAGUCCGCCUCUGUCGAACUGUAGUACUCCAACUCAAACGUCGCCUCCCAAUUCUUUUAGCCCUACGCAUAGGAAUGUAAAUAUUUAUGCUCAAAAUAGUCCUGUUUAUGCUGGUCAAAACCAUGAUAGAAACAAUGGAGGUGAUUAUAGUAGUACAAUUACGAACGGAUUUCAUCAGACUCCACCUCCAUAUGUUAAUCCUCCUCAGUAUAACAGGCAGUCGAAUACUUUACCAGGAAAUUCACCUUUUGCCAACAACAAUGGCUUGAGAUCGUCUUUAAGGCAAGCCUCGCUUCCUAGACAAAUAUCCUCCAACAGUAUAGCAUCAACAAAUAGCAGUGGCUCGUCAGGAAACACUUCGAUUUAUUCUACUUGCUAUGAGGCUAGGAAUUCUCCCAAAUCUCAAAGAAAAGUCGCGUUCCAAGAGCCUGCCAGUCCUAAAAAGACUAAUAAAAAGAUAAGUUUCAAUUUAACACCUGUAGAAGUACCUCCAUUGCCUAAAAAACCGCCACCCCCAAAGAGGUCUGAAUCGACUAAACUUUCUAGCCCAAAAAAACUGGUGGAGCCGCCAAAAGACUUUUUGAAAGACUUGCAAAGAGUAAUGAGAAAAAAAUGGCAGGUGGCUCAAAAAUGUAAAUUGGAACCUGAAACUACUCCGCAUGAAGUUUUAGGAUUUAGAGAUCCACCAGCAUUGUUGCCAGAUUAUAAAGAGCACAAUGUGAGUAAUUGGGUCAAAGAACAUUACGGACCAAACAACCUUUACGAAAACGUGUAUAGGGAUAGUGUUGAUGGGGUUGUGGAGUAUGUGUCUUCGCCAAUGCAUAAAAAUGAGGCUAGGAAUUCUAAAAGACCGCCACCACCUCCACCAAAACGAAGCGAGUCUACGCAUUUAAGCACACCUAAGAUUCACUGAUGCUGUGUUUCGUAAUAUAGCUUUUGAAAUGAUUUGUCUCAUAUCAGAUUAGAGAGUUAUCUUUCUAAUUAUUUUCAAUAAUAAUUGGAACCAGCUAAUUCAUUAAAAAAAAAAAAGAAUAACGGUGGGUUAUCAUAAAUUAUCCAUAAACAUUUUAGAGCUGUUACAUAAGCGGGGAACAGAAGAGCAAAUUCUAGUGCAAGAAUAGGUUGUGUGCCUCUGUGCAGAGAUAUGCAAUUUUGCUGCCUCAUGUUUGGGUCCAUUUUAGCCAGAAUCGGAAAUCAGACUAGGGUUUUGAAUUACAUUAGUACUCUCAUUAUUCAAUCUAAAACAUACAGAAGCGAUUUCACGCAACGAACUACGUUUUGCUCUUUGCUAAAGUCAAAAACUCUUUAUGGGAUUCCUUACAAUUCUGACUUUAGAUUCUGGGACAGUAUCGCAAAUAUGUUUGAUUGGAAUGAACCCACCCUAUUGAGACUUAAAGGACAAAAUACUGCUUCACUUUUGAUUCUAUACCCACUAGCCCAGUACCAAUAUAAUCAUUAUCAUAACAAUAUACAAGUGUAUAUUACAUUUCAAGAAAUAAAGCUACUAAGUUCUUUAAUUUGCCGAUUAUAUGACAAAUUCCUUCAAAAGUUAUAUUUUUAAAUAAAAAAACUGCCAUUUUUUACCCAUUAGCAAUCAAACUAAGGCUUUAGGCUAUAAGAAUCUUUUCAACUGCCUGUAAAAAAAAUGAAUUUUCAAGGCAAAAUUGUGAUGAUUAUUUAGUGACGAAAAAAUAAAUGAAUGAUCAUGUGCCAUUGAAUAAUUGAAAUGAGAAUUAUUUCAAAUUUUUGAAAUCCGCGUGUUUCAAUAAACCUUUCUAUGUGUAUAUUUUUACUUUAUAAUGGAAAAAUGUCAAACAUUUUUAUGGUGCUUAUAGAAUAUAAUUAAUUAAUUUUUUAGGGACUUAUAAUUAGGCGAAUAGCGAAAUUUUGUGUGUUUUUUAUAAAUUUUAUAAUGAUAAAACAAUUUUUAUGGCGAAUAUUAAUUAAGAUUAUUUUUAAUUUACGAGAAUUUUUCAGUAAAUUCUUGUAUCCGUUAAGGUGUUACAGGGUUCAAAAUCAGUUAACUUAAUAAUUUUGCUUAGUUUUUUGUUAAGGUAUUUGAUACUUUUGUACAUACUUUUUGUAUAGUUACUGAUCAAGACACUUUUUGAUCAACUCCCUAUAUUAGAUUAUUUCAUUAGAUAUUUCCUACUGCUGCUGUGUAUACUAAAAAAACAGUGGCACCACUUUUUCUUUAUUAUUAUAAGAAUAAUUAUUGUAAACUUUUAUUUGAAGUUUAGAAGGUUUGUUUUUCUAACUUGGAGGAUCUCUACAAUGCCAUUGCAUAUUAUAUACUUAGCUAAUUUUUAUUAUAAAAUUUUCUACUAACAUUUUUUAGAAUUAAUAAGUUUUUAGUAAGUAGACAAGUAUAAAAUUUGUUAUUUUUUUUUUUCUGAGAGUGGAAUUUUAUUUUUUCUUGUUUCUAAUAAAAAUAUAAAAAUUAUACAAUUGGGAGGGCGUUGUAGAUAAAAAAAUUUUCGGGACAAAACUAUUGGUUUUAUCGUUUUAUCAUUGUUUUAAUAAAAGAUUCUACGGGGUGCUUAUUUGUAAUAAACACUUUGUAUACUGUCUACCAUUUAUAUUAUUGAUAUACUAACUGUUACAUAUAGUAUUAUAUUAUAAAUAAAAUCAUAUUUAAAA